CCAUCAAUGUUCUUUAGUUCUCAGAGUCUAACACAGAAAGCAUGAGGAAAGUCUAUGGCACAUUUUGCAGUCGACACAACGAAGCAGUGAACGUCUACAAAGAGAUGCACGCCAGAGACAAACGCUUCCAGGCUUUUAUCAGGAAAAAAAUGAGCAGCAGCGUGGUCCGGCGUCUGGGCAUCCCCGAGUGUAUUUUACUGGUCACUCAGCGGAUAACAAAGUACCCGGUGCUGUUACAGAGGAUCCUGCAGCACACGAGAGAGAACGAGGGAGAUUUUGAGGACCUGACCCGGGCGUUACAGCUGGUGAAAGACAUUAUAGCCUCAGUUGACAGUAAAGUCCACGAACAUGACAAGAAGAGACGGCUGAAGGAUAUCUACGGCCGUACGGACAGCAAAUCCAUCACACGCAUGAAGAGCGGUCAGAUGUUCGCUCGAGAAGAUCUACAGCGCAGUGGAAAGCUUCUCCACGAUGGUCCGUUACAGCUGAAGAACACUGCUGGCCGACUAAAGGAUGUCCACGCACUUCUUCUGGCUGACGUCUUGGUGUUCCUCCAGGAAAAAGACCAGAAAUAUGUCUUUGCUUCUCUGGACCAGCGAGCCACCGUGAUCUCGCUGCAGAAGCUGAUCGUGCGUGAGGUGGCUCACGAGGAGCGAGGUCUCUUCCUCAUCACCGCCGGCAUCGAGAAGCCGGAGAUGGUGGAGGUGCGCACCAGCUCCCGUGAGGAGCGCAACACCUGGAUGCGGCUCAUACAGGACGCCAUGCACUCCAUAGAAAAAGAUGAGGAUGAGGGCAUCCCGAGCGAAACGGAGGAAGACAAGAAACUGCUCGAAAUCAAAACCAAAGAAAUGAGAGAUAUGGUGCAGAGGAAAGACGAACAGAUCGUCUCGCUCCUCCUGGAGAAGAUGAAGCUUUUCCGUGACAUGUGCGGCUCGCCCGACGACCCUGUUAAGAUGCUUUUCAGGGCUAACAAUGAGGAAGUGCCCAAAGGGGAACCCAUCAUGAUGGACGCUCUUAAAGAAGUGGAGAUGUUGCAGGCGCUGGUGAACAGCAGUCUGGGAGGGGCGGUGGGUCAGCAGGUGGCCUGUGCCCAGGGGAUCGUGGGGCCUGUGUGUCUGCCGCGCAGAGCCGAGACCUUCGGAGGAUUUGAUAGCCACCAGAUGAGCACGUGCAAACAGAGUGAAAAAGAAGAGUGUGAAGAUCUGAGGAGAACAGAAUCUGACAGUGUUUUGAAGAAGGGAGGAAAUGCCAACCUGCUCCUCCUGCUGAAGAGAAACAGUGAGCAGGUCCUGUCAAGUGUCACCCACCUGCACGACCUCCUGUCCUCACUGCAGGCUGUGGUCCUUCAGCAGGACACCUUCAUCGAGGACCAGCGUCAGGCUCUGAACGAGCGCGCCCCCUCCCGUCCCUCCUCACGCCCCCCCUCGCUGGUGGAGCAGGAGAAACAGCGCAGCCUGGAGCGCCACCGGCAGGAGGCCACCGCCCUGCAGCGCCAGCAGGCCGCCCACGUCGAGGAGAAACGCCGCAGGGAGAGGGAAUGGGACGCAAGGGAGCGGGAGCUCACCGACCGGGAGGUGCUGCUCCACGUGAGUGAGGAGGAGGCGCGGAGGAGGCACACCGAGCUGGAGGAGGUGCAGCGGGAGCUGCAGGGGAGAAAGGAGGAUUAUCAGAAGGAUCUGGAGAGACUGAGAGACGCUCAGAGGAGGCUGGAGAGGGAGAAGGAGCAUAUGCAGAGGGAGGCGGAGAGAGUGGAGCAUCUGCGGCAGGUGGAGGCACGGAUUCAGCGCACCUCAUCCAGCACCUCCGAGGACUCCUUAAAGUUCCAGAGCAGCGGCUCCAUGGAGAAAGAGAUGUGGGAGGGCGAGCUGUCCUGCAGCCCCAGGAAAAACUCCCUCUCCAGGAUGGACUCCAAACAGAAGGGUCGCAGCCUUUUCUCGCUGGGCGGCAAAACUCAGAGCACAGACAGCCAGAACCAGAUUCCCUCCCGACUGCUCCAGCUGGCCACGUCCAAGGACAAGAAAGACAAGAAGAAGAAGAAGAGCAAGAAUCAGGCACCUCAGGAAGCAGAAUCACACCUGUUGCCCCUGACCGAGCCUUCAAUGGACGGAGAGAUAUUUUUCUGCUGAUUUACCCAUCAUUCCUUCUCUCUCAUGGGUGUCAUAUCAGAUCACGCUGGAAGUGGUCCGAAGCGGCCUCUUCAUAGCCAAACCCUGGACGCUGGCCCUGUGAUCUGCCGAAGAUAUAAACGGUGAAUUUGACAGAAUUUGAGGUUCCACCUCAAAGUCAAAAGCAUAAAUAAAACAAGGCGUAGGGCUUUCGGUUUAACGCAUUCAUUUAGUGUGAAUGUAUUUGAAUCCAACCUCAUUUAAAAAUAAACUGCCCGGAAAUUCCACGAAUAGUCAUUUUUUACAAUCACAAAUAUUUCAGAACAAACAUUUGUUUUGCAAGUCCCCAAAGCGUAGAUGACUUUAACAACCAUCCAGAUCUCAUUUCUAAUAGUAAUGAAGCCCCCUUAAACUUCCAAAAUGGUUAUUUUAGUCAUACAGAAGUGUUUCUCGUUACUGUAAUACAAAAACGAUAUAUCUUAGACCUGCGAAGCAUGUUUCUGUACACAACAGUGUAUGUAUUUUACGGUAAAAUAUAGUUUUGUAGCAAUGAAAAUCACCAUUGACGUUGAGAAUAUCUUUUUUACUUUUGAUUUAGGAAUCUGGAUAUGUUUUUGUAAGAUUUUUACAAAACGAUUCGUGCAUUUAAAUUCGAAGGAAAAAACGAAUGGAUUUCUAUUAUGCCCCUUUGUGCAGACAGAAGGUUCAGAAGAUGCACAAAUGGGCGUCGCUGCGCCCCCUAUUGACCGUCUGCGUGUGCGGACAAAGCUGAUUCAAAUGAAAUGAAGGGUUAACAGAGUAGGGGAGAUAGGUGGCGUACCCUUUUCCCUGUGUUUUCUACUUUAGGUUGUCAAAGGACGUUCGCUUUGAAAUGCCACUUAGCACUUUAACACUGCUCAAAUGUUACUUCUACCCAAAAACGACAAUCUGUUUUCCGUUAGCAUUCCAACGCCGUUACGGACGGCUUGUGAAAAGAUUUUUGUGCCAUUGUAUUUCUUAUCCACACAUUUCAAGUUAGUUUGACAUUUUCGAAUCCAUUGUUUAAUGACUUUGGUGGAAAGGAUAAGAUAUACUGCAUGCAAUUGGGAGGAUAUUUCAAACUACCUGCUGGACAGGUAAAGCAGAUACAUCCGCACGGAAUACUGUACAUCUCACUCUUAUAAAUGCGAAUUUAUAAUACAUUAACCACGCUGUUCUCAAAUAUUCUUUUCACUCGAAGUGUCCACCUAUUUCAUCGUCUAUAAACAUUUGUCCUGCUGGUGUUUUUCAAGUCUUUUGUGCAAACAGAAUGUCGGUUGACUUGUUUUUCGUUUGUUUAGCCAUUUUUUUGUUUCAUUUAUUUUUUAAAGCAAUGCGUGCUUUUAAAACCCUCUCUUGCGGUUUUGCAUUGCAACCUGCACUGACUCGACUCUGCCAAGAGGGGGCAGCAGAGAUCGGAGAAUUUCGCAGACCCUGUGGAUUUGCGUAACAUCAAAGUGAGGGCGUCAAAGAGGGGCACACGAGCGAUGACGUGCAAGAAUGAUUAUUUCCUCACGUGUGUAAAAGGGAAUUUCUCGUUCAGGGAAGCCUACGGCCUUACAGAACUCUCAGUAUCACUUUAGUCCUCAGGAAAAAGCAGGACGCAUACAGAAAAGUUCAGAAAAGUUGCUUAGCCUUAAGGAAACGUUAAAAUGCACUAAAAUAUCAGCCGGCAUUUUCUCAGGAGUAAAAUUUUAUUCAUCUUUGUUUUGAAAGUAAGGUUUCAUUUGUACAUUAAGGAACAUGUGUUUUCUUGCUAAAUAAACCACUUCUAAUUGUAUGUAAAUAAUGUUUGUGUAACAUGUUUAAUGUAAAACUAUGAACGUUAAUUUUGUAAGAUGUGUUUUGUGAGAAGUACCGCUUUAUUUAUCAUUAAUGUCUUAAGGCACACAAUAUUUUCCUCACAUUAAAAGCUGUUGCAAGUUUUUG